AUGGUCGAGUAUGGGGGAGGUGAUCCUAUGAAGGGGUUUAAGGGAUCUCCUUUGGUUCUUGUGAUUACAUACCUUGACCGUCUCAACAUAGAUGGUAGAGGUAUGGUGUGGGACAAAAGUGUACCAAGGGUAGGGGCUUGGGAACAAGGUUUUAUUGAUGCAGCUAUUACCGCUGAUAAAGGAAAAGAUGGAAAUUUUGGUGCAGCUGAGGAUGAACACUGCAAGAAAAAGGGUAAAGCGGUUGCCCGUAAAAGAAGGUCAAAAAAUGCAAGUACAAAUGAGGGGGAACUAGAACAGCAGGAGAAGGGCAUUUCAAUUGGGAAGAAAAGAACUAAGGCAGCUUCAUCUUCAAGAGAUAAGCAAAUAAAAGAUAUACAGCUUAAUACUUGGAGCCAAAAUGGAGAAGAAAAAGGCAAGUUGGGUAAGAAAAGAAGAAAGGAGAAAACAUCUUCAGAUUCUGAGGGUGAGGAUGAGACCAAAAAACAGAAGAAAAAAGGCAAGUUGGGUAAGAAAAGAAGAAAUGAGGAAACAUCUUCCGAUUCUGAGGAUGAGGAUGAGGACAAGAUAAAGGAAUUAUCUGCCAAAUUAGGUGAUAAGAGGAAAAUAUCCAAAUAUAAGUUAGACUAUGAUGAAGUGUUGUUAAAGAAGGCUCCCAAGGAGAAAAGAGAUGACAGUGAUGAUAAUGAAUUAGAUAAGGAAACCGAAGAUGAAGAUGACAAGGAUGGCAGAACAAAAAGCGAUGGCUCCCAGAGAGAAGAUAGACCUUAUGACAAAUAUGGAGAAGGGAAGUCUGAGGGGGAAAUUGAACCUGACGGAGAAGAUGAACCUGCUGAUGAGGUUGGACCUUAUGAGGAAGAUGAACCAGCUGCUGAUGAGGGUGGACCUCAAAAGGAAGAUGACGCUAAUGGUGGAAAAAGACCUUCUGAUAAGGAUGAACCUGAUGGUAGAGAUGGACCUCAAGCAGGUGCUGAUGAUGACCUCGACAUACCUCGAUCUAAAAAACCACCUACUAUGUCCCCAACCGCUAGAAGACUUGCUAAGAUUAUACUGCAGAAAAAAGGCAAUGAAUCGUUGAGAAACUCAGUGAUGUUUAAGUUUCGAACAUUAUCUUUGACUCGCGGCAUGCUACACGAUUCGUUUAAGAAGAACGGGUCAAUAUCUGCGAUUAUUAUGGAGGCCUUUGGGAAUAUGUUGAAUGAAUUCACUUGUGAAGAUCCAAAGAAUGGCAGACAUGUUUACGUGAUGCCAGUAACUUACAUGGAAGAGGCUAUAAAGAAACUAAGGGCCCAAGGCGAUGUUGGGGACAUUGUGAAUCGAUGUGUGGAGACCAUUGCACUGGAUAUUGCUGUUUGUGAAAUAUUAGAAAACCAUAAAAGGGCAAUGCUUUUUAUUUGUAAGUUCCAUUCAUGUAAGUCAAAAGUGAAUGGUAUGAACUUCUAUUCAUCUAAAUGCAGUGAUAUGGACAACAACCUAGACAUAGAUCUUAACCAAGAUGUAGAAGAACAAGUCAUCGUUGAUGAGGCAGAGGUAGAUGUAGACAACCUCUCUCAAGAUAACGAAAUAGAGAACUUUCAGCAACAAGAUAUUGAUCAUGAAAAUGAAGAACAAAAUGAUUAA